AUGCGUAGCUUCUCGGAGCCGUUCACGAGAGUUGGAGAUGCAGCCCUGCACGGGACUAUCUCGGUCGGAAACCCGCUGUUCUCAGCCUCCGCCUUGUCCUCCCGAGGCUUAUCACACCCCGGCUUGGAUGCCAGAACGGACCCGACGUGUCACACGUCGCCGCCAGAGCAGCGGUCUUUGACUUCGCGCCUUCCUCCAGAAUCUCUGGGGGAAGGCGAGCUGACGGAGGACGAUCCGAAAGUUUAUUUGGAGGCCAGCGACCUUUGGACACAGUUCCACAAAUGUGGCACUGAAAUGGUCAUUACGAAGUCUGGGAGACGUAUGUUCCCGCCACUCAGGGCCAGGUGCGCCGGCAUGGACAGAGAGGCCAGGUAUGUAGUUCUGAUGGACAUUGUGGCGGCCGACGACUGCAGAUAUAAGUUCCACAACUCCCGCUGGAUGGUGGCGGGGAAGGCGGACCCGGAGAUGCCCAAACGCAUGUACAUCCACCCGGACAGCCCGGCCACGGGCCAGCAGUGGAUGUCCAAAGUGGUCAACUUCCACAAGCUGAAACUCACCAACAACAUGUCCGAUAAGCAAGGAUUUACAAUCCUCAACUCGAUGCACAAGUAUCAGCCACGAUUUCACAUCGUGAAGACAAACGACAUCCUGAAACUGCCUUACAGCACCUUCAGGACGUACGUCUUCUGCGAGACCGAGUUCAUCGCAGUGACGGCUUACCAAAACGACAAGAUAACGCAGCUGAAAAUAGACAACAACCCUUUCGCGAAGGGAUUCCGAGACACGGGCAACGGGAGGAGAGAGAAGAGGCAAGUUGUCAUUCAAUUUGUUACAAAAUGA